AUGAAGCUCUUCUCCCUACUCACUCUGGCUUUCACCACAGCAGUCGUGGGCGAAUCGCCAAUCGGAAAAUGUAGUAUCGUCAAAUAUCCCGGUGUAGUCAACGCGAUCGACAAGUUCUGCUCCCGACAAGACAUCACAGUUCCGUCCAACUACGCCGGCAAGGGCGCAGAUUCCGGUUUCCCAUGGCCAAAGGCUCAUGUUGAGAUUGAUGGCAAUUGCCGUCCACCACAAUGGGUCCCGCAGAAGUACUGCAUCACUCAAUUUCAGAACAUGUGUGCCAACAAACGGACCGAGCAAAAGUUUGGAAACAAGAACUGUCAGAACUGGAAGAUUACUUACGACAAGCAGAAGAGGCAGUGCAAGGGAUGGCUCGAUGCGAAUUGUGUGGAGAAGACCGACACAGCUUACACUACGGUGAAUUUUUAG